UCCUAUUCUCACAUCACAACCGAGUCCGAGUUAGGUGUCUUGUAUCGUUACUCACCCACCUUCUUAAUUCUAAUCCAACGCUUUCAAUUUCAAUGCACAACACACCUAACGUAACGAAACAGAGAAGGCAACGAAACGAUUAUAUAAAAGACGUCUUACUUCAAACUUGAAAUCAGAUGCUGCCCAACUCCCACACUAAUUACUCCAUAAACCAAACCCCAACUCGCAGGUUUCGCUUCGUCACGCGGAAGCCAUGGCCGAUUCUUCCAACCUCAAAUCCGACGCCUUGUUGGAGCAGAUGAAGCACCACCUCGCUUCCGACGCAGGCAAAGAAAUCACCAAAAAAAUUGGACUCGUUUAUCAGAUUCACAUCGCUCCUCAGAAACUUGGAUUCGACGAGGUCGUCUACACCGUUGAUCUCAAGAAGGGAGAGGUCACCAAAGGGCCAUAUGAAGGAGGAAAGCCUGAUGCAUCUUUUUCGUUUAAGGAUGAGGACUUUGUUAAGGUUGCCUUGGGGAAGAUGAAUCCGCAGAUUGCCUUCAUGAGGGGUGCAAUGAAGGUUAAGGGAAGUUUGAGUGCUGCUCAGAAAUUUACUCCGGAUAUCUUCCCAAAGCCUUCCAAGCUUUGAGCUCAGAUGCCUGCGAUUACUUGCACAAGGUUGCUAGAAUUAUCGUUUGGUUGCUGUCAAACAAAAUAGAUAGAACAUCAAAAGCUCAGAUCAUAAUUAUAUCUGUAGGUUCAUCAUUCCUAAGGUUGUAGGUGGUUCAUUGUUUUGAUUUAGUUCUGAAAGCUGAAGAAUAUUUAGAUAAUGUUCUGCAAAUCUGCCAGAGGUUUUAUUCUACUGUGAUUGGAUGUUUCAAGUUCAAAAAUAGUUCCUCAUGCAUUAUUUAGAGCUACUUUUCCUUUUUUCCUCCAUAAAUACUCGGAUAAUGUUCAUAAUGUGAAUUCUAGGAGCCGUGUUUUCUCUAUUUUAUUUUUGUGUGUCUGUGCUCUGCAGAAGGAAUCUCCAGCUUUGCUUGAGCAAUGUUUUUAAUUAAUAACUAACUGCGAUUGUACAAGCUUUCCUAUUUGAGUACGAUUUAUUCUGAUAAAGUUUUUCCGAAA